AGAUGGCGCAGCCUCGCAGGGUGGCUGUGGGUUAGGUGUUACAGACGGGGAGUGGGGGGCUCCCAGGGGGCCCCGACACAGCUGGCCAGGGAGCAGUGGAGGGAGCCAUGACCAGGAAGGACUCCUUGUCCUUGGCAGAUAAAGGCUAAGGGGGAAUGGAGAACAGUGUUCAAGGUCUCCUGGGCUGAGCCUGCAACUGCUUCUGACUUGGGACCUCCUUGGCCGGCUGGUCAGGGACAUGCAGCAACUCGGGGGCAGGUUCAGGGUGGCUGGGAUGGCACUGCUGGGCUGUGUAAGUUUGGACCAGCUCUGGCCUUCUCUGGGCCCUGCCGUUCCAGGCUGUUCAGGUGGUUCCUUGGGCCUGGGGAACUAACAUUCCUGGAUUGGCGGUAGAACCAGUCUGGGCGUGCAGCCCCAGGCUGUGUUCCAGCGAGGCAUCCUGGGCAUCUGGCUGUGGGGUGAGGUGAGGCCUCUCAGAUCUGGGUUCUGGUCUGGUGCCGGCAGCACUCCUGCUCCACUGCCUCAGGAGCCAUCUCUGGGACACUGGGGUGGCCCUGGGGUUCAGAUGUUCUGAGCAGGAACAGGGCGAGCCAGUGGGGUCCCCAGCCUGCAUCUCACCUGAGGGGCUCGCCAGCAGACUACCCUUUGGAGGGAACUGAGUCCAGGAGAGGGGGCCCACCUGCUCUGUCACCACAACUCUCCUUCACUGUUGGGGCCACACUCCUUGUCUGCUGCCACUGCCACGGGGACCCCAAGGGUCACUGCUGUCACGGCCCCUCCCACCACCCGCCCAGGGCCCUCCCAGGUCUAUGUGAACUUUAAUCACCUGCUGACAGGCCAAACACGGCACUUCCGUGCUGUAGUGACAUCAGCAUCUGGCCGUCCUCCCUGUCAGGCUGGACCUCUCUCAGAGGACUGCCUCCUCCUACCCUGCUCAGACGCCUUCGACGGGGCGCCCCGCCGGCCUCUUGCCCCUUGGGACCGGGUGAGCACGAGGACGAGGAGGCUGCGUGGCCGGCGUGUCUCUCUGGAGCAGGUUCUGUGGCCACGGUCUCCUGCAGAGCGUGAGGGAGACCCAGUUGUUUCGCCAGCCAUUUCAGGCAAACCCUCGCAGCUCGCGUGGCCACCUCCCCAGGCAAGGCGCCCCUCCUGUCUGCUGAGGAAGAGCCAUGAAGAAGCGGUACCUGGUGCUGGCCCUGCUGUCUGCGGCCCUGGUGCUCCUCAUCGUCGGCCUCUGCCUCUGGCUGCCCUCCUCCUCCAGGCCACCCACCCACGUGUACGCCAGGGCAGCCGUGGCGGCGGACGCCAAGCACUGCUCGGAGAUCGGGAGGGAUGUGCUCCAAGAGGGCGGCUCGGCGGUGGACGCUGCCAUCGCGGCCCUCCUGUGCGUGGGGCUCAUGAACGCCCACAGCAUGGGCAUCGGGGGCGGCCUGUUCCUCACCAUCUACAACAGCAGCACGCGAAAAGCUGAGAUCAUCAAUGCCCGAGAGGUGGCCCCUGGGCGGGCCUUUGCCAGCAUGUUCAACAGCUCGGAGCAGUCACAGCAAGGGGGGCUGUCGGUGGCGGUUCCCGGUGAGAUCCGAGGCUAUGAGCUGGCGCACCAGCGGCACGGGCGGCUGCCCUGGGCCCGCCUCUUCCAGCCCAGCAUCCAGCUGGCCCGCGAGGGCUUCCCUGUGGGGAAGGGCUUGGCGGCAGCCCUGGCGAAAAGUCAGGCUGCGAUUGAGGGACAGCCCUCGCUGUGCGAGGUAUUCUGCCGCAAUGGAAAAGUGCUGCAGGAAGGCGACAAAGUGACCAUGUCGCGGCUGGCCGACACGUACCAGACGCUGGCCUCGGAGGGCGCCAAGGCCUUCUACAACGGGAGCCUCACAGCCCAGAUCGUCAAGGACAUCCAGGCGACUGGGGGCAUUGUGACAGCCGAGGACCUGAACAACUACCGUGCGGAGCUGAUCGAGCAGCCGCUGAGCAUCAGCCUCGGGGACGCCCAGCUCUACAUGCCCAGCGCCCCGCUCAGUGGACCGGUGCUGGCCCUCAUCCUCAACAUCCUCAAAGGGUACAACUUCUCCCGGGAGAGCGUGGAGACCCCUGAGAGGAAGGGCCUGACCUAUCACCGCAUCGUGGAGGCCUUCCGGUUCGCCUACGCCAAGAGGACCCUGCUCGGGGACCCCAAGUUUGUCAAUGUGACCCAGGUGAUCCACAACAUGACCUCUGAGUUCUUCGCUGCCCAGCUUCGGGCCCGGAUCUCCGACGACACCACUCACCCGACCUCCUACUAUGAGCCUGAGUUCUACACUCCAGAUGGCGGGGGUACCGCCCACCUGUCCGUGGUUGCGGAGGACGGCAGCGCCGUGUCAGCCACCAGCACCAUCAACCUCUACUUCGGUUCCAAGGUGCGAUCGCCGGUCAGCGGGAUCCUGUUCAACGAUGAGAUGGAUGACUUCAGCAGCCCCAACAUCACCAACGAGUUUGGGGUGCCCCCCUCACCGGCCAACUUCAUCAAGCCAGGGAAGCAGCCGCUCUCUUCCAUGUGCCCGGCGAUCAUCGUGGGCCGGGACGGCCAGGUCCGCAUGGUGGUGGGUGCUUCCGGGGGCACGCAGAUCACCACGGCCACCGCGCUGGCCAUUAUCCACAGCCUGUGGUUCGGCUACGAUGUGAAGCGGGCGGUGGAGGAGCCCCGGCUACACAACCAGCUCCUGCCCAACACCACGACGCUGGAGAGAGACAUUGACCAGGCGGUGGUUGCAGCCCUGAAGAGCCGGCACCACCAAACGACAGUGACACCCACCUUCAUCGCUGUGGUGCAGGCCAUUGUCCACACGGCUGGUGGCUGGGCAGCUGCCUCAGACUCCAGGAAAGGAGGGGAGCCUGCCGGCUACUGAGUACCCAGGAUGGGGAAGGCUGACUGGCAACCCAGGGAAGAGAUGCCCACUGGGGCCAGGAGUGGGACUUUGGGGGAUGUGCUUCCCCUGUAAGUGGCAAAGCGUGCAAUAAAUAAGGGUCGCAGCGCCA